ACGCGCGCGCACCCAAUCCCAUCCUCGUCUCGCCUCAGCCGCCCCUGCACAAACCCUAGCCCCUUUUCUCCUCGACCCCCAUAGCCGCCGCAACCCUCCCGCUCCGUCUCCCCUCCCUUCCCACCUCCCCUGUCAGCGGCCGCCGCCACUCCACCUCCUUCUCUGUCACCGGCGGCCAGCUCAUCCCACUGCCUCGUGCUCGCCGCUGACCAUGGAUCCACCAUGGACGGAGGGUGUCAAGAGGGGAAGGAAGUCUUCGGCUUCGCAGGCAGCGCUGGCGGACGAGCACACUCGCAUGUCCUCUUCCUGGGCGAGCCAACUCAGAUGUGGAAGGCACCUCGAGCAUGGGAGGAGUGACCACGGCUAGGCAUCACGGGUUGGCCGAGGUGAGGAACAGGCAUCCAGAAUUCCAGAUUGUUAUAUAGGGGUGGGUGUUCUCGGCCAGCGUUGGGCGUUCUCGCUGACUCUCUGUCUAACCUAUCCAUAGAUAUCUAAGCUGAUGUCUCAAAUAGUUCAGAACAACCAGUCGGAACUGCAGGAGCCAUCUUCACCUUAAUCUGAAAAUAGAAGGUUUUCCUUUUGCUAGACCUCUGAAAAAUCUGCAGUGGAGUAACCGCUCACAUUACCUAUUGCUCUGGUUUUUUAAGGUAAUUGCAGCUGGCAAAGCUUGCACUAAUGUUUUGAGUUCAAUCGUUCGCUGUGUGGAUGCUACAUAAUUCUAAUAGUUCUGUGGAACACUUGUUCUGGUCUGGUCAUCUGGUAAUUUUCUUUUUUGCAGCUUAACUGUUGUAGGGUAGACAGACUAUACAUACUGAAGAAAUGUCCCCGUCCGACAGUCCUUCAUGCUCAGUUGUAGUGAUAGCGUUGGGUACUAUGUGCACCCUUUCAUGUAAUUGUGUUACCCUGACAAAAUUUAUAACUAUGAUCUCUCAUAUCUUAUUCUGAGUUUAAGGAAAUAACUGGAGUAAUGUUAAUGAUCCAGUGUUGAGAAUAAAAAAAGGUGGAAGCACAUUGAGUGGCUUUAGUUUUGUUACCUGACGUAGAAUGUACCUUUAGUUUUUGAGUGAAGAUCCUUAUGUACACAUAAGUUGUAUCUAAAACUUUCAGCUAUAUAAGUAAAACAAAGAAUUUCAAAACUUACACCUCUUUUUUUCCAUGAGCUGUUGAAGCUUGAUUGAUAGUUUUCCAACUCUGAUGAAGUGGUUAGGAUGAUCAGGUUUUGCACAUUCUGGAGAUUUUUAUACCUUCUGUAAAAUGCACAAUUAUGGAUUCAGAUAAACUGGGAGUGGUGCAUGCCUUUGUAUUGUGUUCCUGAACCUUGCUUUCUCCAUGUCAGGUCUUCUGUUCUAAGAAAAAACUCUUUUGUUGCAUCCACAUUAACCAUAUAUAUUUCUAUUUCCAUUUUCGAAUUGUAAUCUGUAGCUCAGUUUGGUGUGUCAAUUUCAGCUAGACUAAAUCAACCAUUCGGUCCUUAGUAAGUCGACUUUUCGUGUGUGUGUGUGUGUGUGUAGGAGGUUUAGCAGGCCUGACUUAAGAUCGAACCCUGACGGUGUUUAGGCAUGCUCCGGUUGGAGAGCUUAUUUCCAGCGUUGGAGGUCUUUUCAGUUUUUCUAAAGCAGGUUCUACGAUCUCCUGUGUUGCUGCAUCUUGGUCUUCUGUUGCUUGAGGCCGUGGCACCGAUAUUCUCUCUGAUAGUACCCAAGUUCCAAUUCAAGGGAGCCAACAAGCGCGGCAUCCCUGUGUCCCGCGACCCCGCCGCGCUGCUAGCGAAGUACUCUGACCCGCUGGUCUACACGGUGCCGAUCAGGGUCCGUACAGGCCAUGAGAUCCUGCGCAUCUCCUCCUACCUGCUGCACAACCUGAAGAAGGUGACGGUCCCGUUCGUGGUCCUGCACGGCACCGCGGACCGUGUGACGGACCCGCUGGCUUCACAGGAGCUCUACACGGAGGCCGCGUCGAGGCACAAGGACCUGCGUCUGUACGAGGGGUUCCUGCACGACCUGCUCUUCGAGCCCGAGCGCGACGAGAUCGCGGCCGACAUCAUCGGGUGGAUGGACCGGACGCUCGGCCUGCAAGCCGUAUGAAGGGCAGCUGUUGUCUGAAGCUGGGGGAGGAGCUCAACAUAAUGUGCGGAUCGCUCCGGUCAGAGCCAUGGGAUUGCAGCCAUGGGCUUCAUGGCAUGGCAUGGCAAGACAUGCAUGAUGGCUUUGGUCUGGUUCUGAUUGUAUUGUUUGCGGUGAUCCUCGUCUUACGAUGCUGCCGGUGCAGACCAGUGGACUGAAAAGCCAGUGGUUUGUGGUUUGUAUUAAUGCUACACUAUCUAUAAUAACAAAAGGGGUGAAAAGAAUGACGCGUACUGCUGGCCUGCAAAACCUUUCUCGAUCCUGUAAAGGUUGGUUGCUCCAAUUAUUGGCACUAGGUAUUCCAACCUGAAAAACCAAGCAGCUGCACGUAUCCUGGCGGUUAGCUGUCUCGUGGCCAGCAUGUGCCAACUGCCGAGUGGUUGGGAGGGACCGUUUUGUUGGCAGUUUUGAGAGUCAACAAAUGCGAGCGGUAGAUUAUUGAUUGGACAUGUUCGUCUGGUUCUCCUUCCAUUAUUUCUUCAGUAUUAUUCAUUUAUUCUCUUAGAUUAAAGGUAUUAUUGUGAUGAUGUCCUGUUGUUCUGUAAUGUAUUUUUGAUUUUUUUCUGUGAUUGUACUCAAUGGUGCUUGCAGGUCCAUGGACAUUGUCAUAAUGGUCACCUUAUCGCAGUGUAUUAUUUUUGGAUCUCAUAUUCCUCAAGGUGCUCCAUCUUCUGAUUCGAUGUCGGCCGAUCUGAGAAAUAAGAGGAGGAAUAAUCCAGCAGAAGAAUUCGGUGAAGAAGAACAAGAAAAGAAUACCUUUAUCCUGAUAGGCAUGGAAACACUGGUUCGCAUUGAGUGCAUCAUCGCUAAUCAGCUACUAUGUAUGUAGAGAGCAAGGGACAUAUAAGAAAUCUCCAGGCAACUUCACUUAGAUGCAUCAUCUUCUGCUAGGAGUCAGCUUGAAGAAUGACCUUCUCAGAUUAAUUCUUGGGUCAGUGUUUCGGCUUUUCUCCAUUGGUUCGUAAAAACCACAUGGAGACUGCAACUGACAUGUUGGAUGGGGAAUAACCAAAUUUGUGGACAAAGACAAAGAGUUCAUCGCAAGGGGUGGUGUUUAGGAUAUAUACACAAAACAGGAAACUUUUUUUGUACAGAACCAAAUUAUAUGAUGUAAUUGACCACUAUUUCUAAGAAAUGUUCAUCAUGUAUUAAGUACA